GAGGUAGAGAGAGAGAGAUUUUGGCCCUGUGAAUCGGUUUAGAGAGAGAAGGAAGGAGACUUUUCCAUGGACUUUAAAGGGACGAGAGAGCAGAGGGCCCUCCAUCAGUCACAGAUUAAAGAGAGAUGGGACGACGCGAACGCCCCCUUUGGACUCUAUCAGUAAAUUUAGAGAGAGAAAGAGACUAAAUUUAGAGAGAGACUCCUCCAUCAAUGGUGUUGAUGGAGAGAGAGAGGCGGUUGGGAAGGGUGGCGGACUCCCCUAUCAGAACAAGAAAGAGAAACUUUUUUCUCUCUCUUUGGGUGGGUGUGUGAGAAGAUUUCUAUUACAGUGAUCAUAUCAGUCGGUUCAUAUGUUUCUCUCUCUAGAACGGACUUUUGUGCCCACUACUAUACCCAUGUAGCAGAAAUGGCUUCAAUCCCUGAUAGGAAUCGAAAUACCAAAGGAAAUUCCCAUUGAUUGAGGCAUUAGAAGAGAGAAGAAUUGACAGAGGAGGAAGGAGAAACCCAUUUGCAGGAGAGAGACAGAGGCACCCAUUUACAGUGUUAGAGAAACCCAUCGUCAGAGUUAGAGGGCAACCCAAUUUCAGCUUUCGAGAGAGAAACCCAUUUUCAGCUUUGCAGAGAGAAACCAUGAGCAGAAGUUAGAGAGUCAAGUUGGAGAACCCCAUCUGCAACAGAAGAGAGAGUAACUCGUGUGAAGAAUAUAAGAGGGAAAAGAGCCCUCCUGUAGAAGGAGAGAAACCCAACCCAUCUGCAAAAGUAAAGAGGGAGAGGGAGUAGCGACAGAAGGAACAAGCAAUGGCGUCUGGUAGAAGAGGGGCGUACACUCAAUCAUCCGGAGCCAGCAAUAUCAGGACCCAUAACAACACAGAGACAAUCAGCAAAGCAAUUGCUCAAUACAAUGCAGAUGCCAGGCUUCAUGCUGUGUUUGAGCAAUCGGGUGAAUCAGGUAAGUCUUUCGAUUAUUCUCAAUCGGUCAAGUCCACCACUGAAUCAGUUCCUGAAAAACAAAUCACCGCUUAUCUCUCUAAAAUUCAAAGAGGUGGUCAUAUCCAACCAUUUGGGUGCAUGAUUGCCAUUGAAGAAUCGAGUUUCAGGGUCAUAAGCUACAGUGAAAACGCCAUUGAGAUGCUUGAUUUAAUGCCUCAAGCAGUUCCAAGCAUGGACCAGACUGAAAUUCUCAAGGUGGAUACUGAUGUUAGAACCCUUUUCACCCCGUCGAGUGCUUUAUCGCUGGCAAAGGCAGCUAGGGCUCGAGAAAUCACUCUUCUAAACCCUGUUUGGAUUCACUGUAAGAAUUCUGGAAAACCCUUUUAUGCAAUUCUCCAUAGGAUUGAUGUGGGUAUUGUUAUAGACUUAGAGCCUGCUCGAUCAGAGGACCCUGCUCUCUCUAUAGCAGGGGCUGUUCAGUCUCAGAAGCUAGCAGUUAGGGCAAUUUCGAGGCUCCAAUCUCUUCCUGGUGGUGAUAUUGGCUUAUUGUGUGAUACAGUGGUUGAGCAUGUUAGAGAACUUACUGGUUAUGAUAGAGUCAUGGUGUAUAAGUUUCAUGAGGAUGAGCAUGGUGAGGUUGUUGCAGAGAUUAGGCGAUCUGAUCUUGAGCCCUAUCUUGGCCUUCAUUACCCAGCUACUGAUAUACCUCAAGCCUCGAGGUUUUUGUUCAAACAAAAUAGAGUGAGAAUGAUAUGUGAUUGCCAUGCUAAGCCAGUUAAGGUCAUUCAAGAUGAUGGAUUAAUGCAGCCUCUUUGCUUAGUGGGUUCUACACUUAGAGCACCCCAUGGCUGCCAUUCUCAAUAUAUGGCCAACAUGGGUUCAAUAGCUUCUUUAGCUAUGGCUGUUAUCGUGAAUGGAGCUGAUGAAGAGGGCUCAGGCCCACGCCAACCGACGAAGCUAUGGGGUCUUGUUGUGUGCCACCACACGUCACCUCGAUAUAUUCCCUUUCCUCUUCGCUAUGCCUGUGAGUUCUUGAUGCAAGCCUUCGGCCUCCAGUUAAAUAUGGAGCUCCAAUUAGCUGCCCAAAUGACUGAGAAACGGAUAUUAAGAACCCAAACUCUACUUUGUGAUAUGCUUCUAAGGGAUGCUCCAAUUGGGAUUGUGACCCAAAGCCCUAGUAUAAUGGACCUUGUCAAGUGUGAUGGGGCUGCCCUAUACUACAAGGGUACUUGUUGGUUACUUGGAGUGACCCCAACUGAAGCCCAAGUUAAGGAUAUAGCAGAGUGGAUGCUUGCGUGCCAUGGAGAUUCGACGGGGUUGAGCACUGAUAGCUUAGCUGAUGCUGGCUACCCAGGUGCUGCCUCUCUUGGUGAUGCAGUUUGUGGCAUGGCGGCUGCCAAUAUAACUUCAAGAGACUUUUUAUUUUGGUUUCGGUCUCAUACUGCUAAAGAAAUCAAGUGGGGUGGAGCCAAACAUCACCCUGAAGAUAAGGAUGAUGGACAAAGAAUGCAUCCACGUUCUUCAUUUAAGGCUUUCCUAGAGGUGGUGAAGAGUCGCAGCUUGCCCUGGGAGAAUGUGGAGAUGGACGCUAUCCACUCUCUGCAACUUAUAUUGAGGGAUUCUUUUCAAGAGUUGGAGACUGGGAAUUCAAAGAGUUUGGUGAAUACACAACAAAUCAGUGGCAUGGAGUUGCAGGGAAUGGAUGAGUUGAGCUCGGUGGCAAAGGAGAUGGUGAGGUUGAUUGAGACAGCUACUGCACCCAUCUUUGCAGUUGAUUCAUUGGGGAAAAUAAAUGGCUGGAAUGCGAAGGUUGCAGAGUUGACGGGGUUGAGUGUUGAGAAGGCGAUGGGGAAAUCAUUGGUGCAUGACCUGGUACAUAAGGAGUAUUCUGAGGUUGUGGACAAGCUUCUCUACCGUGCUUUGAGAGGGGAAGAAGAUAAGAAUGUAGAGAUAAAGCUGAAAACUUUUGGCUCUCAAGAUCAGAAAAAGGCAGUAUAUGUGGUGGUCAAUGCCUGCUCAAGCAAGGACUACACAAACAAUGUUGUUGGGGUUUGCUUCGUGGGUCAAGAUGUAACAGGCCAGAAAAUGGUCAUGGAUAAAUUUAUUCACAUUCAAGGUGAUUACAAGGCCAUUAUACAUAACCCCAAUGCUUUGAUCCCACCCAUAUUUGCCGCAGAUGAGAAUACUUGUUGCUCUGAGUGGAAUACUGCAAUGGAGAAAGUUACUGGGUGGGGGAGAGGAGAAGUUAUGGGAAGGAUGCUUGUUGGGGAGGUUUUUGGCAGUUGUUGCCAGCUAAAGGGCCCUGAUGCCCUAACAAAAUUCAUGAUUGUUUUACAUAGUGCAAUUGGGGGUCAGGACACAGACAAGUUUCCCUUUUCAUUCUUUGAUAGGAAUGGGAAAUAUGUUCAAGCUCUUUUAACUGCUAAUAAAAGGGCCAAUUUGGAUGGGCAGAUUAUUGGGGCCUUUUGUUUUAUGCAAAUAGCAAGCCCAGACCUACAACAAGCCCUAGAAAUGCAGAGGCAACAAGAGAAGAAGUGUUUUGCUAGAAUGAAAGAGUUGGCAUACAUUUGCCAGGAGAUGAAGAACCCUUUGAAUGGAAUUCGUUUCACCAACAAACUCUUGGAGAGUACAGAAUUAUCGGAUCAUCAGAAACAGUUCAUUGAGACGAGUGCUGCUUGUGAGAGGCAAAUGAUGAAGAUUGUCAUGGACAUUGACCUGGAGAGUAUAGAGGAAGGGUACUUGGAGCUUGAUAUAUCUGAAUUUUUACUCGGAAAUGUCAUGGAUGCGGUUGUUAGCCAAGUGAUGAUUUUGCUGAGAGAGAAGGAUCUGCAAUUAAUACGUGCAAUUCCCGAGGAAAUUAAGACAAUGUCUAUAUUUGGUGAUCAAGUUAGACUUCAACAAGUGCUAGCGGACUUUCUGUUGAAUAUUGUUCGGUUCGCCCCAUCACCUGAGGGUUGGGUAGAAAUUGAAGUUAAGCCAUAUUUGAAGCUAAUCUCUGAUGGGAUGGGGAUUGUGCAUCUAGAAUUCAGAAUGGCAUGCCCUGGUGAGGGCCUCCCGUCAGAUCUGGUCCAGGAUAUGUUCCAUAGAAGCAGGUGGGUGACCCAAGAGGGCCUAGGUCUGAACAUGUGUAGGAAGAUUCUCAAACUAAUGAAUGGAGAGGUCCAAUACAUCAGAGAGUCUGAGAGGUGCUACUUCCUCAUCAUUGUUGAGCUUCCAAGUCCUCCUCUUGAUGCUGUUUCCUGAAGUAUCGUUAAGAAAACCAAGCAAUACCUUAACCCUGGCCUGCAACAUAUGAACCUUUAAUUGUGAGGUCUCUGUUUCCUUAUGGAAUUUCUGUGGUAAAAUAAGUAUGUGGGUUAGUGAGCCAUGUAUCGCUAGGCCAUGACCCAUUCAUCUGAGGUAAAAUAAGAUGACGGUUCAAUAAGUCAUGCAACGCUAGGCCAUGACCCAUCAGAGUUUAGAGGAUUCUCGGCCUAUUUGGUUUAUCCUUGCUCUAGUCGUAUACGUUUUGACAUGGUUUUAACGUGUUUGGAAAUCUAAUCUACAUCUGCUGCAUACUUAAGUUCGCGUAUGGCUUUUCUUGAUCGACUGGAUUUCACCACUUAUCAUCAGAUGGUCCGGCAGAAUUAGAUGGUUCUCUCUGAUUCUUCUGUAAGUAUAAUUGUAUAAUUAUUUGUCAUACACUGUUUAAUGGUGGAACUGUCUCAGUGUAACUUGCUAAGAUUUUCUCUCCCCCCCUCCCUUCUCUUUUUUUUUUUUUUUCUUUUGAGGCAAGUAGGUUAAGUGCCUACAAUCUGAUAAGAGAUGUUUCCUGGAAUGUAUGAGAUGAUGCUAUGUAGAUUGUGUUGCGGGUCUGACAUGUAAUAAAUUUGGUGCAGCUAGAUAUAGAGUUUCCUGUGAGCUUCUCCUUUGGAGUAGAUUUAACUGGGCUUUUAAA